GCUCCGCCCCCUGCCGCCCGUCCCGCCCCGUCCCCACCAUGGCGGCGCUGCGGGCGCUGCUGGGGGCUGCGCUGGUGGUCGCACUGGCCGGGACGCCCCCGGCCGGGGCAGCCCCCGGCCCGCCGCCCCGAAAUGUCUCCGUGCUGCUGGAGCCCGGCGCGGGGCGGCUGCGCGUCCUGCCUGGCCGCCACCCCGCCGCCGUCGCCUGGGCCAGCCUGGACGACCGCAUCCCCACCGUCGGCUGGGCCUUCCUGGAGGUCACCACCAGCGCCUCGUACAAUGACAGCCUGCAGGCUUACGCCGCCGGGCUGGCUGAAGCCGCCGUCUCCGAGCAGCUGAUGUACAUGCACUGGAUGAACACCAUGGUGGGCUAUUGUGGGCCCUUCAAGUACGAGAGUGAGUACUGCGAGAAGCUGCGGGGGUACCUGGAGGCCAACCUGGACUGGAUGGAGGAGCAGAUGGCGAAGGGGGAGGACCCCGAGUACUGGCACCAGGUGCGGCUGGCCCUGCUGCAGCUGAAGGGGCUGGAGGACAACUACAACGGGCGCCUGGACUUCCCCCGGGGCCGGUUCACCCUGACGCCCUUCGGCUUCCUCCUGCUGCAGUUGGGGGGUGACCUGGAGGACCUGGAGUCCGCCCUGAACCGCUCCUCCCCACGGCGCAUUCUGGGCUCGGGUUCCUGCUCUGCCCUCCUCAAGCUGCUGCCGGGCCAGCGGGAUCUGCUGGUGGCCCACGACACCUGGACCUCCUACCAGUCCAUGCUGCGCAUCAUCAAGAAGUACACGCUGCCCUUCCGCACCUCGGCCAGUGGCAAUUCUCAGAUCCCUGGCAACAUCCAGGUGUUUUCCUCCUACCCUGGUACCAUCUUCUCUGGGGAUGACUUCUACAUCCUCAGCAGCGGGUUGGUAGCGCUGGAAACCACCAUCGGGAACAACAACCCAGCACGGUGGAAGUACCUGGACCCACGGGGCAGCGUCUUGGAGUGGCUGAGGAACAUCGUGGCCAACCGCCUGGCCCGCAGCGGUCCCGAGUGGGCCACCGUCUUUCGGCGGUUCAACAGCGGCACGUACAACAACCAGUGGAUGGUGGUGGACUAUAACGCCUUCACACCGGGGAGAGCCAGCCCGCCACCAGGUGUGCUGACCGUGCUGGAGCAGAUCCCGGGCCUGGUGAUGGCGGCCGAUCGCACGGAGCUGCUGUACCAACAGGGCUACUGGGCCAGCUACAACCUGCCGUACUUCGAGGAGAUCUUCAAUGCCAGCGGGACCCCGGAGCUGGUGAAGAAAUACGGUGACUGGUUCACCUACGACAAGAACCCGCGCGCCCAGAUCUUCCGCCGGAACCAGACGCUGGUCCGUGACCUGGACUCCAUGGUCCGCCUGAUGAGGUCCAACAACUACCUGCAGGACCCGCUGUCACGGUGCAAGGGCUGCAACCCCCCCCAGAACGCCGAGAACGCCAUCUCUGCCCGCUCCGACCUCAACCCCCCCAACGGCACCUACCCCUUCCCCGCCCUGCGCCAGCGCUGCCAUGGCGGCACCGACAUGAAGGUCACCUCCUGGGGCAUGGCCCCCACCUUUGGGUUGGUGGCUGCCAGCGGCCCCACCUGGGAUGACGUCCCCCCCUUCCGCUGGAGCACAUCCCCAUGCAGCGCCCUGCUGCAUAUGGGACACCCCGACCUCUGGACCUUCCCCCCCGUCAAGGUCCACUGGGACUGAGCAGGCUGAACCCGUCUAUCCAUCCAUCUGUUGGCGUCUGUCCUGCAUGGGGUUCCCUUCUGGAGGGGCAGCGCUACCUGGUCUCCCCAGGGGCCUGGCUUGGGGUGCAAGGGGGUGUCCCCUGCCCCCCGGCUCGCUCUGCUUCUGCCACAUCCCCGUGGUGCUGGCUGUGCUGUGCAAGGGGCUGUGUGUCCCCCCGGCUUGGGGCUGGAGCCUGGUUUGGGGGGCUCUUCCCAGAAAAGUGACAGGUCCUGGGAGGCUGGGGCUCACCCACAGGCAGAGGAGCUGAGUGCGCUGGUUUGGUUGGGACAAAUAAAGCAGUUUGUGUGCUGUG